AUGUUCAGUGUGCUUUCUGUGUUUGCAGAUCGUGGUAACGACAAUUGGCUAGUCAAAUACGAGCAGGCGGACAUAGUGGUGGCACCGAUACCACCUGACCCUGUACCAACGCAGCAUGCAGUGAAGGAUUCUAAUGUGGAAUGGAAGGCUGUUGGAGAUGAUGCUAGUGCAGCUCAUAGGUCGUCUCCUAGUGCAGAACACCAAGGAAAUGUUGAUGAGCAGCCAGUCGAGAAGCUAAUCGAUGUGGAUUCAGUGGAACGUCCGCAACCACCCACUCAGAUGACGAUGGCGAUGGGGAUGGCUAGUGAUGGUGGUGAUAAAUACGGCGCUGAGAGGCCUAUCGAUGAUCCAAUAACGGAUAAUAGUGAUGCGUGUGCCAUCGCACAACACCAAUCAAAAGAUCAAUGUGUGAAUGUGGAGCCAGAUGAAUGUAUCUGGAGUGAUGUAUCAAUGCCAACCAUUCAAUUGGCAGCUAUCGACAACGGUCUAGCGUUCCCGUUUAAGCAUCCGGAUGAGUGGAGAGCAUAUCCGUAUCAUUGGGCAUGGUUGCCCAUAGCAAAGAUGCCGUUCAGUGAGGAGACCGUCCAAAAAGUGCUACCGUUCGUGGAGAGCACCGAAUUCGUGCAAGAGCUAUGUGAAGAUCUACGAAAGAUCUUCAAAGAGGAUAAAGGUUUCGACAAGAAAAUGUUCGAGCUGCAGCUGAACGUAAUGCGUGGACAGAUCUUCAAUCUUCGUGAAGCGUUAAAACAACGCAAAUCACCACAACAACUCGUGCAAAUGCCACCCCAGCUGAUCGUCGAAGUGAAAUCUAAGAAAAAGAAACGAAAAUCAAAAGAGUCCAAAACACGAGCCAUCAAUCGACGCAAUAUGCUACAGCAGCAACAACAACAACAACAACAACUACACAGUGCUAACGAGGAUACUGCUGAUGGAUCAGCUUCAGCAGGAGCAUGCAUAACGUUCGCAACAACGGGAGAUGAAAGCCAAACGGAUAGGAUGUCGUCGCCGCAUGCGGGUGACGAUAGCAGUGGGAUUGCGUCAUCUGCAGCAGUAGCCACGAGCAGUGCAGCCACAAGCCAGCAGUCAAGAGCACCGCCGAAGACAUGGCACGAAGUCUAUCAGCAGAAGGUGCAAACUCGAUCCGCCUUCUUCACAUGGUGGUAG